UGAUGGCUCUCACCGGUGACGUGCCAGCCAUAUGGCCUGGCACCGGAGCUGGUACGCAGCGCGUGCCUGGUAGCGGUGCCACACGGCGUCCGCGCGCUCGGCUCGCACUCACACCGCAGACCGCCGCGCCUACAGGAGCCUCCGCCCGCGGUCCCCGAAGAUGGUGUAAACACACGCCACGCACACGCGCGCACACACGCGCGCGCACACACACACGCACAGGCGCGCGCGCGCACACAGGCUUCGCACCCUUAAAGAGCUCCCGUGGAGUGUGGCCAUGCUGACGAGGCUAUUCAGUGACCCCUCUCUGCUCCCCGAGGUGCACAAGUACUCGGGAUGGGUGGACGACAGUGGCAGCGAGGACUCCAAGACCAGAGAGGAGGAGCACGAGCGCUGCAGACUGGGCCUCGACGACUUGGAGGACGCCGAUCUGAGAGGGGGGGGCAGCGGCAGCCGCGCGCAGUCGGAAAUAGCCGCCGAGGACGAGGACGAGGACGAGGAGGAGGAGGAGGAGGACGGGGACGGGGACGGGGCGGACGGGGCGGUGGAAGAGGCGGAGGGGGGCGACGAGGCCGAGGGGCACAGACCCAGAAAGCGCGGGCCGAAGAAGCGCGAGAUGACGAAGGCGCGCGUGGAGCGCUCCAAGGUGCGCCGGCAGAAGGCGAACGCGCGCGAGCGCACGCGCAUGCACGACCUGAACUCGGCGCUCGACAACCUGCGCAAGGUGGUGCCCUGCUACUCCAAGACGCAGAAACUCUCCAAGAUCGAGACGCUGCGACUCGCCAAGAACUACAUCUGGGCGCUUUCCGAGAUCCUGCGCAACGGCAAGAGGCCCGACGUGGUGUCCUACGUGCAGACGCUGUGCAAAGGCCUCUCGCAGCCCACGACGAACCUCGUGGCCGGCUGUCUGCAGCUGAGCUCCAGGAACUUCUUGACGGCGGAGCACCAGUGCCAGGACUCGGGCGGGGGCGGGCGCUUCCACGGCGCCGGCGCCCCCUUCUCCGUGCACCCCUACUCGUACCACCACCAGCACCAGUGCCCGCGCCUGUCGGGCCCCGCGUGUCAGCCGAGCUCCAGCGCGCACCCGGCGGCGCUGAGGAACCACGUCGGCUACUGCUCGACCUAUGAGCCCGUGUACCCCGCGGGGGGGUCGCCGGAGUACAGCAGCCCGGCCGAGUACGAAGCUGCAGGGACCCUCAGCCCCCCCGUGUGCGUCAACGGCACCUUCUCUGGGAAGCAGCAGGACUGCGGCUCUCCGGACGCGGACAAGCCGGGCUACCACUACUCCGUGCACUACCCGGCCGCGCCCGGCUCCAGAGCGCCCCCCGGACACGGCCUGGUGUUGGGCUCGUCGGGGCUGCGCGGCGGGGUGCACGCGCCGGAGGGCGCGCUGCCUUACCAUGACAUGCACGCGCACCACGAGAGGACACCCGGCGUGUAUGACGAACUGAACGCCUUUUUCCACAACUGAGCGCUGUGUGUGUGUGUGUGUGUGCGUGUGUGUGUGUGUGCGUGCGUGUGUGUGUCUCCCAGCAGCCGCAGCGCUAAAUCCGAAGAGCAGGAAAGUCGAAAGAUGUGAUCUGACUGCGUUCCAACUUCAUUCCCAGCGAGAGCAGCUGGAAGGAAAGUGACUCUUACAAACACUCCUGUGGAUUCGUGUUACCAGUGCAAAGCUGCGCUCUGAAGUCUAAAGGUGUCCGGCGGUUUUUUUGCUGGAUCAUCAAAGGUUAGUCAUCGUGUCUUAUGUGAAGACUUGCAGUAAUUACAGUAAAAAGUGUGACGCUGCACACGUGACACGGAGCCCCGCAGGAUGUUACAGUGAUUUUUCGGAAGCGCGUUUCGAGACGAACCGCAGGAAGCAAAACGUGAGACUCGGAGCCCGACCUGAAGGAGAACAUCGCUGGGAAGGAAUGGUCAGUUCUCCUCGGAAACACAAGCAGCAAUAAAGGGAAAACAUGUUGUCGAUGACAUAUUAAUCUAUGCAAGAGAGCGUUCAGAUCUUCGAAUCCACUUAAUCAAUCACAUGUUCUCCAUAGUUCUGCCACUGAAGCUCAUCGUCAUAUGUCAGAAACUUAGUGGCUUGCGAAACACAAA